UAAACAAGCAAACAAGCUGCCGCAGUGUCUCCAGUUCAGUGAAGAGAUCAAGAUGAAGCGUAGACUUCGGGUCGUUUGUAUAGUAUUAGCAAUCAUUUUUGCAGUUCCAGUUUUCGGUGCUGGAAACUACAUGAUAUUGGCUCCAGGUAACAUCCAACAAAGCCAGCCUUAUCAGUUAUCGAUAUCAACAUUUGCUCUCGAUGAUCCUCCAAAGCUGGCCAUAUCGAUUGAAGGAUUUUCAGAACAUGACGAGGAAAUAACAGUCGAACAACAAAUUCAACUUCAAUCAGAUGAGACCCGGUUGAUGGAAUUGAAUACAACAGCCCUUCAACCUGGCGCAUACAAUUUAAAAAUCCGUUCGCUGUCCGGUUUUAACAUCAAUCAAGACCAUCCACUGCAAUUCCAAGGCGCAACAGGUUUAAUUCUAGUCCAAACGGACAAGCCUAUCUACAGACCUGGUAAUACGGUAAAAUUUCGAGUUCUGGUGUUAGAUGAACGGAUGCGGCCACUGGACAAGCUGCAAAGGAUUCAUGUUACCGUGUAUGAUCCAGAAGAGAAUGUGAUAUUAGUUUGGCCAUCAGCAAAACUUCAAAGGGGUGUCUUUCAAUCGCAGCUAGAGAUUGCGAAUGAACCGAAUCUCGGAAACUGGUCCAUAGGUGUGAGCGUUCCAGGAAAAGAUCACUUACAAUCAUUUCUUGUAGAUGAGUAUAAACUUCCUAAACAUGAAAUACGAAUAAUGAGUUCAAAAGUUUCAACUCUCAACGACGAAGCAUUCACCGUGGAUAUCGACGCUCGUUACCUUUUUGGAAAACCAAUGAAAGGAGAUGUCACUGUGAGUGCUCAAACUGGUCAUCGGAAGCUCAACAUUACCUCCAGAAUUCAUGGUCUACUGAGAGUUCGAUUCGACAUCCGAGAACUGAUUGAUUCUGCUGAAAAAGAUAGUAACGCAUGGAUUCAAGUGGAUGUUAGUUUAAAGGAAAGACAUACAAAACGGAUACUGAAUGCAACUAAAUCAUUUCAAAUUUUUAAAAGCUACUAUGAAAUCAGCAUGCAAAAGUCGUCCAAAUAUUUAUCGUACAAGUGUUGGCUCAAAAUCAGAUCCCAAACGGGAACAAAGCUAACUAAUCAACCGGACCAGCUAGCUGCUAUCAGCAUUGUUUACGUUGGUCAAAAUCAUUUCAAUCACACCGAAGAUUUCACCGUGAACACUUCCAACGAAAGUCCAAUAUCACUGGAUUUCUUCGUUCCAAUUCAAGCCACUAGAGCUGAAAUCGAUGUUUCUUUUAACGGGAGCAAGGGUUAUUUUUCUCUGGAGAAAAACCCAAUAAACACUCCGGAAACGUACCAAAUUUCUCUUUUGACGAGCGGUCCAGCAAUGCUGGAACAGAACGUUCCCGUACUGGUGCAAUCAUCUACCCCUUUGAAUUCGUUGAUUUUUUAUGUCGUUUCGAAACAUCGGAUCAUACAAGUGCAACGGCUUUCACCCAAUGGCGAAAUGGAUGUGACCUUGACUAUACCGGUGACAGCUGCCAUGAUUCCCAAAGCAAGGAUAUCUGUAUUCAGUAUUCAGAAUAAUACAAUUUUAAGUGAUAGCAUUACCCUGGAUGUGUCUGGCUUGCCAAAUACAGUUGCGCUCACACUAUCAGAGCAGCGGGUUGCACCGGGACAAAGAGUCAAAUUGACUAUCCAAUCAAGGCCCAACUCUAUGGUUGGUUUGUCAGCAGUCGACAAAAGUGCUUUGUUGCUGGAGAGCGGAGCUUUGCUAACGAAGGAUAUGGUGUUUAAAGAACUGGAACAUGAGGCUACCGAUAAGGAUUCCGCGGCACAGACUGACGAUAUAAUUGUAGCCAGUAAUGCACAUCAACCACUGACUCUAAGUGCUCGCUUUGGAAAUUACGAUGCCGACGAAGAAGAUUCUUACAUUCCUCCGCGAAAGGUUUUUACUGAAUCGUGGCUGUGGCAUGAUAUGCUCGAAGUAGGAGCGGAUGGCACCCUGACUCUAUGGGACCACGUGCCAGAUACAAUCACCAAUUGGAAGAUAACCGCCUUCGCCCUAAGCCCAGAGCAUGGCCUCGCUGUUUUAGAUCAACCAAUUUCCCUGGAAGUAACCAAACCCUUUUUCAUCAUGCUGAACCUACCGAGGUCAAUCAAAAAAAGCGAAAUCGCUGUAAUCGAGGUGAGCUUGUUUAGCUAUCUGGACGAAACGCUGUACGUUGGAGUAACACUAAAGAACUCUCGCCAAGAAUACGAAUUCGUUGACAAUCGGGGCCGAAAGGACGCGUCCUACCAAGUGAAAAACGUCGUGCUGACUCCGAAUUCCGUGACAGCUACCAAGUUCUUCAUCAAACCAAAAAAGUUAGGAGAUAUUAUGAUAAAAGUUAUCGCUGAAUCGACCGAAGCAUCCGACUCCGUAGAGCGACUAUUACGGAUAACUCCGGAGAGUUUGCCAUACUUUAAGAAAGCCAAACGCUAUAUACAAGUAGAAAACUCGACGCAGAUCUUCAAUAAGAUUGAACUAGAAAUUCCACGUUAUCUUGACGCGGGAUCAGAAAAUAUUAGUUUAUCAGUGCAUGGAAAUUUACUGGGGAAUGCUGCUGACAAUCUGGAUGAUCAGAUUCGGCUGCCAUCGGGUAGUGGAGAGCAAAAUGUGCUAAAAAUGGUACCCAGCGUUGUUCUGCUGGAUUACAUAACUAACACUAGAGCGUUUAAUGAUGUAGUGAAAAAACGAGCGGUGAAAUUUUUGGAGACUGGGUAUCAAAACGAGCUAAAGUUCAAACGACCGGAUGGUUCGUUCAGUAUGUUCGGAAAAGAGGACAGAGUUGGAAGCGUGUUCCUGACAGCACUUGUAGCGAAAACUUUACAGCAAGCUUCACGUUACGUGACGAUCGACGGUAGAGUAAUUGAACAAGCCUACGGUUGGCUUCAGCAGAAACAGAGCAGCCACGGUUCUUUUGUGGAACUUGGCACAGAACACAAUCAAGAAUUGUCAGUGAUUCACAGCGAUGAGGUAAGACUGACAGCCUAUGUUUUAAUUGCUUUCUUGGAAGAUCCCCAGAUCUCCCUAAAAUACAAAUCAGUAAUCGAUAGUGGAACUGAAUAUCUAUCCAAAAAAUAUUUCGGUUUGAAUUCGAGUUACACACUAUCACUGAUUGCAUAUGCGCUGCAGUUGGCAGAUCACAGUGCAAAACUAGAUGCACUGAAUGAACUUUUAAAGAACUCGGUAGUCGACCAUGAGCGUCAAUUGCGAUGGUGGGAUGUACCAUACAUGAGAAUUGAGACAGCAGCUUAUGCUUUGCUAACUUAUGUUAGCGCUGGUAGCUAUGUCGACCCAAGACCACUCAUGAAUUGGUUGACCACAAAGCAGUACUACAUUGGAAAUCUCGAAAAUACCCAAACUACUUUUGUAGGACUUCAAGCUCUGGCGGAGUACGCCAAAAAAGUGUCGACUUCAAGAAAUGAUUACGACGUGACGGUAGGAUCCGGUUCGCGAAAUCAUGCAACCAUUCACAUAGAUCCUUUAACUUCACUGACGGUUCAGAAAAUUUCACUGCCUUCAAAUGUACGAGUCAUUGAUGUGACGAUAAACGGAACGGGAACCGGAAUCUUUGAGCUCGAGUAUAGCUACUAUUCUAACAUUUUGAAAAUGAAACCACGGUUCGACGUAACAGUGGAAACACUCAAUACCACUUCGGAUCAGUAUCUAGAUCUUACUGUUUGUGCAAGGUUCAAACCCCGGGAGAAAUAUGAAGAGACAUCACUCGUGCUAAUGGAGGUUACAUUCCCUAGUGGGUAUAUUGCCUUGGAUGAGUCGGUGGAAGAACUGGAAGCAUCCACAAUUGUACAGAAAGUUGCAACAAGACACGGUGAGACUUCACUAUUGCUGUACUUUGACUCUCUUCCAGUGCACUACCAGUGUCUGAAUGUGACUGGUUUUCGCGAAAGUGAGGUUCUUCAGCAAAUUCCUGGUACUUUGAGGGUGUAUGAUUUUUAUGACAAUUCACGAAUAGCAAUCGCGUAUUUCGACGGAAAAUAAGGCUCAUGCAAUAGUUUUGAUUUUUAAAAUGGAGACUGUAUUGAAUCUAUAAUCGGUGGAUGUGAUGAAUCGUGCUUAGAUAUGCAUUUGUGCUCAUACUUAUGAAUGGAUCGUGAACAGAAAAAGCUUUAUUACAAUUAAAUCUUUCAAAUGAAAUUUCAAAUUAAAAGAAGUGCAAACAGUUUAGCAGCUCGUAAACAGAUGACAGAUCCA